UCUGUCGCUAUUGGUCUGCAGUGCUAACAGUUUGGCAGAUGGGACACUUUUUCCUCAGUGUUUGCAGCUUUGUUUUUUUAAACUGUGGUCAGAGCCUCUCCUGUUGUUGUGGUGUCUGCUCCUCUGCUGAACUCGCUGUUCAUUGAGAGGCUGACAUGGCCCACCGUCUGCGGCUCUACUUCGGCUCUGGGCGCAGCAACACAGCCCCGGAGAUGGAAGGAUUGGCCGGAGCGCAGGAAGAUGACUAUGCCAUGACAUUCCACACUCUGCCCCGGAGGAGUGGCCCUCCCCCUUUUUCUGAUCCAGGGCCUCCCCUGCUGGAUGAAGCAUCCCUGAAGCGCAGCUCCUCGAUGUUCAUCCCCCAGCUCCUGAACCAGGUUGAGCCUCGGCCCACAAGGAGUUCCUCCAUGCAGAUCUCCCUGCAGCGCAAUGCUGGCAGUGGGGAAGACAGAGAGACCUCGGAUUCUCCUCAAGAGACCUUUCUGGGUCCAGCACCAGCCUACGAAGAGCCUACAAGAAAAUGCUCAUGGCCUUCAGGCAUUUCUCAGAACAAGGGUGCUUUGCCUAGGAGUCUACCUAUGGGCACUGUACGACUAGCUAGCGAGCCUGAAUCGCAGAACCACAGGGUUUUUUGUGUGGUUCCUUCAGACUGCCAAACUGGCCGCACAACUCCAGAGGUGACAAAUGGGGGCCGGCCUGGAAUAAACAUCGGAGGGGUUCGCAUCCACAGAAACUCCUUGGGGAGUUCAGACAUCCAUCAGUUUCGGAUUCAACCUUAUGGCCCAGAAAAUCAGAAGGCCUCACAACGUUGGUCUCUGCAACCAGACUCCAGUAGUGACACUGGAAAGUGUUGUUUUGUUAUGCAGCUCCAGCAGAAUCAACCUGGGAUUCCUGAGGUGCCGCAUGAGGAGUCUGGGAACCUGGGCUUCACUGGCACAAAGGGAGAGAGGGUGGUAAGAUACCCUAGACUAAGGCUGGAUAGGAGCAUUUCAUAUCCAAUCCAGCCCCGGAGCGAGACGCCAUGCCACGUUCCUGGAAAUGCCACUGUAAACGGGCAAGAGAUGGACAGCAACAACCCGAAUUCAGAAAGUCUGAGCACUAACUCGGAGGAAGGAGCCUCUGCACAAACACAAGGCUGUACCGUCAAAAUUAGACAGGAGCAAAACAAGAGGCAGCCCCAGUUCAGGAUUUCUUUUUCCCGGGGCUCGGAAGAGCAAAAUAAAGCUUCCCCACAGGAUAUAAAUGGUGGAAUUGUACAUGCCAGAAUCAGCCCUCAGACAAGAGAUGACUUCCUGGGACAGGUUGAUGUGCCUCUUAACCACUUGCCAAUAGAGGAUCCGACAAUGGAGCGUCCAUAUACUUUUAAAGACUUUUUGCUUAGACCAAGAAGCCACAAGUCCAGGGUGAAGGGAUACCUGCGCUUGAAAAUGGCCUAUUUACCAAAAAGUGGGAGUCAGGAGGAAGAAAACGGGGAACAUAGAGAGGAAGCUGAGGGCUGGGAAGAGUCUGACUCCAGUGAUGUGGGUUCCCAGCGUCAGCAGCAGUUACCCCCGCUGCCCCCUGGAUGGGAGGAGAAGAUUGAUAACCUGGGCCGGACAUAUUAUGUCAACCAUAACACCAGGACUACACAGUGGAAAAGGCCAACGGUGGUAGAUUUGGUUUCUGAGAUGGAGAAUGACAACAAUAUCAGACAGAUCAACCAGGAGGCUCAACGGGUGUUUCGCUCCAGAAGACACAUCAGUGAAGACCUGGAGCAUGAGCAAGUUGGAACCAGAGAUAUGGAUGAUUCCUGGGACACAAUCUCUGAGGAGACCAGUUUUUCAGCAGACCAGUCUGAUCCUCCCCACGCCUCCUCGACCAGUGCCCCUCAGACGAGCCCCCAGGAGUUCUCUGAGGAGCUCAGCCGCAGACUUCAGCUCUCUCCCGACGCCAAUGGAGAGCACCUUGUCCCUGCCAUGCAGAACCAGCAAGCGUCCAGAAUGCGCUCGUCAAGCAUGACAGAUGGGGUUAGCGAACAGGCCCAGCCGCCACCACCGCAGAGCACCCAGGAUAGGAGAGCCCGUGCCCAAACUGUCAGUGGCGCUGAAGAGUCAAUGCAAUCACCCUCCAUGGCCUAUGUCCACACCACGCCUGGUUUGCCACCAGGAUGGGAGGAGAGAAAAGACAACAAGGGACGCACCUAUUAUGUCAACCAUAACAACCGUACAACAUCCUGGACCCGUCCUAUUGUGCAGCACACAGAAGAUGGGGCCACAGCCUCAACCUCAAACGUCAGCAGCCAUCUAAGCGAGCCUCAGCUAAGACGGCCUCGCAGCCUCAGCUCUCCCACAGUAACCCUGUCGACCCCUCUCGAGGGUACAGCUAACAAUGUCACUGUCCGCCGAGCUGUGAAAGACACAUUCUCCAACCCUCAGUCCCCACAGCCCUCACCUUACAGCUCCCCCAAAAGCAAUCACAAGACAGCACAGAGCUUCCUGCCACCAGGCUGGGAGAUGAGGAUAGCUCCCAACGGCAAACCCUUCUUCAUUGACCACAACACUAGAGCUACCACUUGGGAAGAUCCACGAUUAAAAUAUCCUGUACAUUUGAGGUCAAAAGCGUCUUUGGACCCAAGUGAUCUUGGCCCCCUUCCUAAUCUGCUUGAAGAGCCUGGCUGGGAGGAGAGAGUGCAUGCAGAUGGAAGAACAUUCUACAUAGACCACAAUACAAAAAUCACACAGUGGGAGGACCCAAGGCUGAUGAACCCAGCUAUUACUGGUCCUGCUGUGCCAUAUUCCAGAGAAUUUAAACAGAAAUAUGACUACUUUAGGAAGAAGUUAAAGAAACCUGCAGAUAUCCCCAACAGAUUUGAGAUGAAGCUGCGCAGGAACAGCAUAUUCGAGGAGUCCUAUAGGAGAAUCAUGUCCUUGAAGAAGCCAGACAAUCUGAAGGCCAGACUGUGGAUUGAGUUUGAGUCAGAGAAGGGGCUGGACUAUGGUGGUGUGGCCAGGGAGUGGUUCUUCCUGCUGUCAAAGGAAAUGUUCAAUCCUUAUUACGGCCUCUUCGAGUACUCAGCAACUGAUAACUAUACCCUUCAGAUCAACCCUAACUCCGGUCUGUGUAACGAAGAUCAUCUUUCCUACUUUAAGUUUAUCGGGCGAGUGGCAGGAAUGGCAGUGUUUCAUGGGAAGCUGCUAGACGGCUUCUUCAUUAGACCCUUUUACAAAAUGAUGCUAGGAAAGCAAAUUACACUGAAAGACAUGGAGUCAGUGGACAGCGAGUAUUACAAUUCCUUGAAAUGGAUUCUGGAAAAUGACCCCACUGAGCUGGAUCUCAGAUUUUGCAUUGAUGAAGAAAACUUCGGACAGACGUAUCAAGUGGAUUUGAAGCCCAAUGGAUCAGAAAUGGUUGUAACCAAUGACAACAAAAAGGAAUACAUAGACCUUGUGAUCCAGUGGAGGUUUGUUAACAGAGUUCAAAAGCAAAUGAAUGCAUUUUUGGAGGGAUUCACAGAACUCACUCCUAUCGACUUGAUUAAAAUAUUUGACGAAAAUGAGCUGGAGUUGCUGAUGUGUGGCCUAGGGGAUGUGGAUGUGAAUGAUUGGAGACAGCACACUGUCUACAAGAAUGGCUACUGCCCAAACCAUCCUGUUAUCCAGUGGUUCUGGAAGGCUGUGUUAUUGAUGGAUGCAGAAAAGCGUAUCAGACUACUUCAAUUUGUUACUGGAACAUCACGUGUGCCUAUGAAUGGGUUUGCUGAGUUGUAUGGAUCCAAUGGUCCUCAGCUGUUUACUAUCGAGCAGUGGGGAACCCCUGAAAAACUACCCAGGGCUCACACAUGCUUCAACCGCCUGGAUCUACCCACCUAUGAAACGUUUGAGGAUUUGCGAGAGAAGCUUCUCAUGGCAGUGGAGAAUGCUCAAGGAUUCGAAGGAGUAGAUUAAAAAUGACCAGACUGCUGAUUCUUAACAAGCUAUUGCAGCUUGUAACUUUUUUUUUUUUUAUAUGUUCUGGACACAGUACAUGAGAACGACUAUACAGUGACUUUGGUCGUAGAAAAAUGUAUUAUAUGCCUAUUCCUUACUUCGGGGAGACUGGAAAUGAAUUGUGAGGACAAUUCUUUUUGAAACCUCCACAAUGAAGAGACAACAAUGAAGACAGUGAUGCAGAUGAUGAUGUGGACUUCAGAUAAUUUCAGUGAAGCUUGUUCUAUACUGUGCUGUUAAAAGCAUGGCCCUUAAAUAUUUUGCAUACUUUCUAACUUCAGUGAAUGGAUUGAAUCACUUGCUGGUAUAGUAUUACACCUCUUGAGAGUGAAUUAGAAGUCAUUGCCAAAAUCCACUCUUCAUCAUACAUGCAAUAUUUAUCACAUGCCAAAUACCAACAGUACAAGUAUGUUUCAUGUAGAUUAUCAAAAAAAAUCUACUACAACCCAGCCAAAUACAAAUGAAAGAUGUACAAAAGAUGCACAUGUUUAAAUGAGGAACACAACUAGGAUAGUAACUCAAUCACCACGUAACUUGCAUAUUCAAAACAAACGAGCAAUGCGUGUGUGGAAAGGGUUUGAGUGCCAUUUAUUAAAUAUAUUUGUAUAUGCUUAACAUUGUAAAAUUUAAUAUUGUAAAAUCAUUUCUGACAAGAUUGAAAUUUCUGAAACGUAAUUUGUCGUAGUUUGUAUUGGAGACAUUCAUAAUGAAAGUUAACAAGAAAAUCUAACUGUAAGCAAGAUGUGAAUGUUCUCCUGUCUGUACACUUAAACUAGUAGUGGCUGAUGAUAAAAAUCACCUUUUUCCCUCCUUGUUCUAACACCACAGAAUCUAAGGGCACUUUAUGUAUCACAUUAAGGACACUUAGCUUUUGUUUUUAUUAUUAACUUAAAUGUGAUUAUAUUCCUGGAAUGCACGCAUUUAUCGGGUGCGUUAUGUAUUGUCUGUAAACGUGGCUGCUGCUGAUGUAUCAAACACAGAGGAGCUUUGGAGCUGAGCCUUAAAACUGGUUCUCCUCACUCCCUUUGUCUGCCUGUUCUGUUUAUUCCUUUCUUAAUCUCCUUUUCUUAAACAAUACACAUUGUUCAAUUCUC